AUGCAUCACCAAAUAUCACCGGCAAUUCUAUACUGGGGCACCCCCGUCGUCCUCAUCACCAGCGAAAACGAAGACGGUACUUCCAACAUCGCUCCCAUGUCCUCUGCGUGGUGGCUCGGUGAUCGAAGUAUGAUCGGACUUGGCAGCUCAGCCCAAACCACCAAAAAUAUCAUACGUACCCAGCAAUGCGUCUUAAAUUUGCCUUCCGAGGACAUGACGGCCCAUGUCAAUUCACUGGCACGCACGACGGGCGCGAAUCCAGUGAACGCUUGGAAAGAGAGUGCCGGAUACCGUUUCGUCAAGGACAAGUUUGCCCAUGCAAAGCUCACUCCGCAGCCGUCGGAUUUGGUUUCACCGUCUCGGAUCCAGGAAUGCCCCGUGCACAUGGAGGCAGAGCUCACAGAAGCCACUGGGCUGAUGAAGGAUUCUCCCAGCGAGAAAGGAACGAUAUUUGCCAUGGAAUUAAAGAUAUUGCGGGUUCAUGUUGAAGAUGAAUUGCGCUUGGGGGGGUAUGCGAACAGAAUUGAUUCUGAGAAGUGGCAGCCGCUUAUCAUGUGUUUCUCAGAGUUUUAUGGGAUGGGGAAGACGAAGUUGGUACCCUCACGGCUUUCGGAAAUUGACGAGGAGGCAUAUCGCAGCCGGCCACCGAAGGCACCGGCGACACAAAUCGCGACGGACAAUGAAGAAAAAUAUGUACUGAUUAGUGAAAAGCACGGAGGUUCAAGAGAGUUGGUGUAG